GUUUUUUCAUUUCAUUUGAUAAAUAUUAGCCUAUUGUUUGUUUAUUAACCCCCUGGCCUCCUGUCAUUUUGCAGUAGUGGCCCCAGAGCAAAGCUAAGGACCCUGGUGUAGACCUAAGUGCUGUCAGCGACAGGAGGCCCAGAAGUGGAGCUUUUUGCCGUUAUUUGAAAUCAUGUAAGUGUGUACUGUGUUCCAGUAGGUCACCUGAUUUCCUAUCAACACCCUCCUCAGAUGCUGCCUUCAAAUACCGCCGGACAAAUUGAAAUCACCGCUGCAGCCAGCAAAUUUUUCUAUUCCCAGGAUGGCGAAGGCAUGACCCGCCCCACUCUCCCACUGAAUGGCUAGUUCCCCUUGCCUUCUUCGGUUGUGUUGGUAAUGUUUAGACAAGAGGAGUGAGAUUGGUCAGGGUUAGUGUGGAGAAUGUAAGGGUAAGCCAAUCAGAGGCAGAGUAGGGCAGGUCAUGCCUUCACCAUCCCAAGGAAAAAGUACCUGGGACUUGGAAAAACCUGGAAGACCCAUGGAAAAAUCCCAAAGGGCGCAAAAGACCUUUAUGAGCAUUUUUUUUUCUGUGAUGAAGUAUCCAGUCAGUAAGCUAAAUGCCACAUCGCGCCGUCAAACUGUGUACACGUCUUCAACUAGAAGUCCCUGAAGGCAGCAGGAGCGGCAGUAUUCUGUACAGUGGAUACAUUGUGUUCGUUGCUCUCGACUUUCCUUCUGCAGCUGAGGUUGGUGGCUAAAGAUGGCAGGCUUCCCAGGACAGAUGUUCAUAGAGAAAGUGAAAGCAGCAGCAGAGGCCAUAGAAGUGUGGUGACUGCUUGAGAGGCUGAUGGCAGUGAAGCUGCCAUGGUUUGGCUGUCAUGACCGCUCUCAUUUGGAUGCUCACAUGGCUGCCUCAGGUCUUGCCAGCUAUGAGUAAACUCCCCCAACCUAUCAACUUGACCCUGAACUCAAGCCAUUUCAAUCAUCUUCUGAAAUGGGAGCCUGGACCAGGGACACCCACAGGAGUCUACUACAGUGUCACCGUUAAGGCACAAACGGGCACUUCCUGGAUGCCAGUGGCUGGCUGCGAGCAUGUCCAACAUCCACUGGUUUGCAACCUUACAGAGGCCUUCUCUGAGCCAGAACAGGUCUACUUCACCCGGAUUGAAGCCCUGCUGAAAGUACAGGACUCACAAGAAGUAGUCCUCCCAGGAUUUCAACCCAUUAGAGACACUCAGCUGGACCUGCCAUGGCUGACUGUGACACCCUGUGGCAAAGAUUUGUGUGUGGACCUUCAGCCUCCUAUGGGGCACCUUAGGGAGUACUAUGAUUCUCUGAAUUACAAACUCAGGAUCAGGAGCAACAAUGCAAAUGGAGCUCAGUUCUUUGAGGACAACAAGUCUCUGAAAAGGAAGAUUUUGAAGGAUCUGGCCUCCGGCAGACAGUACUGUGUCUCAGUCUGCUUCUUAGACAGUCACGUGCCAAGGGAGUCUAACUACAGCCAACCUGUGUGUGCUGUCACCGCUGGCUACUAUACUGCAGACCCGUUGAUCUCAGCCUUGUUGUGUUUGUUGGUGAUAUCUGGUGUGGGUGUUGUGGCCCUGCUGAUCUCUACUGGUUUUAUCUGUCUGAGAAAGAGGCCCCUGCCAUCUGUCCUGACAACCAUCCAUCACAUAGAAGAGCGUCUAGUCACUGCAUCCUGCAGCACAUCGCUCUCUUCUCUCUUGAAUAUUAAACCAACACUGCCCUCUUCAGGUGAAAAGAGGAGCACCCACACAUCAGAUGAGAGUGAUGGGGAGAGUGUUACAGAGGUCACUGGAGGGAGCACAGGAGGAGGUUACAAACUGCGGUUGGGUGCUGACUUCCACUCUUCCUCCUUUUCAUCUUCAUCAUCUCUGUCAGCUCCUUUAUCCCCAAAGCCUGAACUGCUGCAGAGUUUAAACCGAGCAUCAGACUUCCUCAGUCCCCAGCCUGAACGUUCAACAGAGACACAUUCCAUUGCUGGAUUGAGGAAGCCACUGAGUGCAUACACAGCCUUACACUCUGAUUCUCUCCCCAAAACUGAUCAGGGUUCAGAUCCCUGUCCUGCAGAUGCAGACAAAUUGACUGUAGGGAUAAUUCAGCCAAAUGAAGAGGAGAAGGAUGUGGUGGGAGAGGAGGACAGCCAGGAUGUGAACCUACUCUCAUUAACCUUUGGCAGGCCUGAGGAGGGGGAAGAAGAGGAGGAGGUGGAGAAAUCCCAUUGUGACUUGGCAGAGUUAUCCUCUGCUUUAGAGGUGUACAACACAAUCGUAACCCUGCCCUCACUUGACAGGAACACAAAGGAAGUUGCUAUAGAAACUGUUUCCUGCACUGUUGAUGAAGAGGAGGUGGAAGAGGAGGGAGAGCACUCUGGAUAUAUGGUGCGUCCAUGUCAAUAUGUCUUAGAGAACUUAUUUUAGAAGUCUUGGGGCUAGAAGUUACUCUGCGUCAUGUCUUUUUACAUUUUCAUAAAAAACAAUGUUACAAAGACAGACUGUAAAGCUCAUGUAGCAGCACUGUUAUAAAUACAUUUCAUUCAUUCAGUCUAGACACUGACCUCUCAUAUGCUGAUGAGGAAUUGGCCUUACAGGGUGUACAUACUCUUCCCACAAGUAUAGUUUGUGGUGAUGAUGGGCCUCAUGCAAGAACCACACAUAUACAAAUGUUUGCUCUUAUGUGGCAUGUACAAAUUAUUUUGAAGAACUUGUGACGUUAUUCAGUUUUCUUGUGUUUAGUAUGUUUUCUUAGGCACAGAAUUGUUGUUCAAGUCAUGAUCAGAUCAUCUGCCUGUGGUGGCCUGUUGUUAAACUCCAUCACCUUUAUGGGGCUUUGCUUCUUGACUCGUAAUCUAUUUCAGUGGCUCUCAGCCCCUUUAGUGUUAUAACAAUCUGCUUAAAAUUUUAAGCCUAGUUUUUUUGGUUGUUGUUGUUUUUUGUUUUUGAAAAAGUGAAAUCCUAAAGCGACUGUGGUAAUAAUGACUUGGGUAAGAGAAGGGCAGCAAAAUUAUUGGGCAGCCUUUAAUUCCGGCAUGAUACAACCAAAAGAAAGUACUUAAAGAAAAUUUUAAUGAAGCUUGAACAGUUUAUUGAGGUAGCAACUCCCCCUUCCCAAAUAAGAGUGCAAGUAAAAAAAAAAAACAAAACUGGAGAAAUGACCACUAUAGUAAAUUGUCCUUUUUGUCCAAUUCAAGUCUUCCUUACUGAAAGCACUCCAAGCAAUAAAAGGAAUGCCCAAUGUCCUGUCUUUAAAAUGCAAAACUAAAAACCAGGAAAAAGCAAAGUACUGCAAAUCAAAAAAGUCCAAAAUGAAUCAAAUCAUUGGCUGUAGAAUCAACAAAAUAAGUAAUCCAGCCUUAGCCUGAUGACUCUACCAGUCUUUAUGGUCCUCCAUACACACUUGUUUCACUGCAAUCCGUCAAGGUAUCACCAUAAAAAAGAGUCAACGGGGUCUUUCUCUGUGGCAGGCUGCCCGGCUUCAACCUCACUCCUGUUUUCUCCUCACCUUACACAAUCAAAAUCCCUCACCAAACUAUUCCCCUCUCCUUUGUUCCCUAGGCCAAUUUUCAACCAAUGUCCUCAUCAGAAAAUUGAUUGAAUCAGUGUAGUCAGAUUAAAAAUGUCAUUAUUGCAACUUACACUUGGGGAGUAAGAUCUUUGGGGAGUUGAUAAACUAUAUAUUUUUGGGAAGUUUAGAGUAUGACAAACUGCAAAACCAAAUCUUUCCAUGUUUUUGAAAGUGUAUGUGGUGGUCAUUUUGGACUUUCAAAAAUAAGGACCAUCCAUAACUUGUUUUUAGCUGGAUCCUUCAUGAUAUAUCAAAAUGGCUUUCUGACUAAAGUGGAUAAUUGCAUAUUUUCCAAGCACAGGAAGCAAAUGGGACCUUUUGCAUUACACUAAAAAUAGAAUUUGAUGAAUGUUAGUCACCACAGUAGCCAUUUCAGCCAUGGAGUGAGGCCAUUUUCCCGAGGCUUUAAAUAAAAUGAAUGAAUGAAUGAACCUUUUAACACUGGGGUGUAUAGACUGACCUUUAGUGACGUCUAGGAUAAUCAUAGUGAGAUGAAGCUUUACAGCCACAAACUAGAGACCUUGGGCAUUGAGAGGAUGUAUGGUUGUCAUAGGUAUAUUGACAAGAAGGAGGUUUCUCAGUAGUUUCUAGAACAGAAGUGCUCACAAUCCAAUAGCCGUAAAAUGCAAUUCUUGCAGAAAUCUCCAAACAUCAAAAAGCAAUAAUGCUCACUGGCAUAGCAAGUGUUAAGUUUGAUGACACCUUUCAAGUUCACAUGCAGUGUGCUAAAGACUGUUAUCAGCAUUCCCUGUCCACUGCAAGGGCAAGGUGUGUCUCAAUAAUUGUUGUUUUUCUUUUUGUUUUGUUUUGUUUUAUUUUUUUCUUUUUUGGUCAAUGUGAUUUCCUGAAUAAGCCACCUGUUUAGCCACUAAAAGUAACCAUCUGCAUAGGUUGGAGUCUGACAUUUUGGAAAAAAAAGUGUUUUGAACACUCACCAUUUUUUAAAUUGAUUUUUUUUUCUUUUUUUUUUUAAAUGGAAAUGAUUAAUUUUUAUAUUUCUUAUGUUCUGGCAAUUUCAAAAAUGUAUUGUUCAUUAACUUGCCAAGAAUUUUGAAUGAAAAUUCAUAAGCAACUGGACUAAUGACUAAAUCAACAGUAAAUGAAUGAUUAAUAAUUUGUGAAAUUUGGAAAUGUUUAUCAAUAAUUAGACCAUUUGUAAAUUGCAGCUCUCGUCGAAAGUACUGUUUUGUAGAUUUCUCUUGCAAACAGAAGCACUUUGAGCACCAUUAAGACUGUAAGUGUAUAGGUUGUUCUAUAUCAUGCAUGUCUGUAACAAGUAGAGCCCAUCAGCUGUGUACUUAAUCAUGUCUGAGUUGUGCCUGAGGAAUGUUAGUUAAUGAAUGUCACACAGUCUCCACAUUGUAUGGUUAUAUACAUGUUUUUAUUUUGCCAUAUUGUUUUCAUUUUAUGUUUAGUGUACAGUCAUACUAACAUUACAUUUUUUAUAAGUUACACAUUGUAUCAGGAUCAUAACAUAAACCAUGUUUUAUUGCAAGUUACUGUGUGCAGCCAACUUCAAACAACAUUAUCAAACAGCUUCCAUAAGUGUGACGUUUUUGUAUUUUAUACUCACUGUAAAAUUCUGCUGUUUAAAAAAACGCAAUGUCACGUUAUUCUUUAGUUUAAUUACUCAGUGUCCAGCUGGAAACAUGUACAUUUCACAACUAAUAAACUUACAUUUAAAUAGCAA